CCUACUGAAUGAAGUUGGCUGAUUUUUACCAGCAGUGUCGGUGCAAGAAUAUCAUACAUUGGGAGAUUUUCAUUUUACUUAUUUUACAGUAUUAAUGAUAUUUUCUUUUUUCUCGCCAUGUCAAAGGCAAAAGUUACCGCAGAAUGGAGAAAGCGAGUGAAAUCGGAAUAUAUGCGAUUAAGACAAAUAAAAAGAUACAAACGAGCAGACGAAGUGAAAAUCGCAUGGAAUAGGAAUCGAGAGAUUAUGAAAACGCUUCUUUCAAAGGAACAGAAAUUAUGGGAAGAAGGAAAAGCGGUAUGGGCAGCCAAGGAAGAUAUCCCAGCUUCUUGCAUGAAAAAAGCAGAAGUUACCAGUUUAGAAGGAGAAGUACAAAGUUGUCCUGUCAAAAUAUUAAAUGCUGUUACUCCUAUACCCACCAUGUAUACUUGGGCACCAAUACAACAAAAUUUUAUGGUGGAAGAUGAAACCGUAUUACAUAAUAUCCCUUACAUGGGGGAUGAAAUUUUAGAUCAGGAUGGAACUUUCAUCGAAGAACUUAUUAAGAAUUAUGAUGGAAAGGUACAUGGAGAUAGGGUAUCAGGUUUUAUGGAUGAUUCCAUUUUUGUUGAUUUAGUAAAUGCUUUAGCUAAUUAUGAAAAAGACGAUAAAGAUAAAGAACAUACUAAAAGAGGUAAAGAAUCUAAAGAAAAAGAAGAUCAAAAAGAAGAUGAGAAAGAAAGUAAGGAAGAUCCCAAAACAGAAUCAUCGGUUAAGUUAGCAGAUAAGCCAGUGGAAGAUUCUAAAAUUCAAGCUAUUCCAUUCCCAUCGAUGCACAUAUUCAACGCAAUUUCUAGUAUGUUUCCGGAUAAAGGAAGGCCUGACGAGUUAAAAGAAAAAUACAUAGAACUAACAGAAAGAUCGGAUCCAAACGUAUUGCCACCAGAGUGUACUCCAAACAUCGAUGGUGUUAAUGCUAAAAGUGUACCAAGAGAGCAGACUAUGCAUUCGUUUCACACGCUCUUUUGUAGAAGAUGCUUCAAAUAUGACUGCUUCUUACAUCCAGCCAGGGGGACCUCGCCGCAAGGUCUUCAAGUCUGCCAUCCUGGACCAAAUUUACUCAAACGAAAAGGUCCAGACUUGAGGCCGUUUUCUGAACCAUGCGGAACGGAAUGUUAUAUGCAUUUGGAAGGUAUGAAAGAAAAGCUUGCUGCACAGGCAGCCGAUAUAAAAGAAGAUGAAGGUGAUGAGAAACGUGGUGGUCCUAGAAAAGUACGAAAGCAAGCAAGUGUUGAUUCAGGAAAUGAAGCUAGUAGCGAAGAUAGCAAUGACAGUAAUAAAUACAGUCAAGGUGGUUGUUGUCAAGAUUUCAAACAAAAUGUUAAUAAAGAAGUUAAGUCGGAAGAAAUGAUGGAAGACCAAGCACAACCGGAAAAUCAAACUCCUUUCACGUUGUUAGGUCUUGAUAAAAGAGUUAAGACGGAAAGCGAAUUGUCGUGGACCGGAUCAGAACAAAGUCUUUUCAGAGCUUUACAUAAAGCAUUUCCCGGUAACCCUUGCGCCUUAGCACAAAUAAUAUUAACCAAAACUUGUCAAGAAGUUUAUGGAUUUGCUCAAAAGGAAGCUUCGGACAUUCCAGCGGUGGAACACUUGAAAGAUUUUACACCACCAAGAAAGAAGAAGAAGAAGCAUAGGCUUUGGUCUAUGCAUUGCAGAAAGAUACAAUUGAAGAAGGAUUCUGGUGCCAAUCAUGUCCACAACUUCGCACCGUGCGAUCAUCCAGGCCGUCCAUGCGAUAAUUCUUGUCCAUGUAUACAGGCGCAAAACUUCUGUGAAAAGUUCUGUCAAUGCAGCAGUGAAUGUCAGAAUCGAUUUCCUGGCUGUAGAUGCAAAGCUCAAUGUAAUACGAAACAAUGUCCUUGCUAUCUAGCAGUAAGGGAAUGUGAUCCUGAUCUUUGUCAAACCUGUGGAGCAGAUCAAUUUCAAAUAACUAAAAUAUCAUGCAAAAAUGUCAGUGUUCAACGGGGUCUUCAUAAACAUCUUUUAAUGGCGCCAUCCGAUGUAGCUGGUUGGGGAAUAUUUUUAAAAGAAUCAGCUGCAAAGAAUGAAUUCAUUUCUGAAUAUUGCGGCGAAAUAAUAAGUCAAGAUGAAGCUGAUCGUAGAGGAAAAGUAUACGACAAAUAUAUGUGCAGUUUUCUAUUCAAUUUAAACAACGAUUUUGUAGUCGAUGCAACACGUAAAGGAAAUAAAAUAAGAUUCGCCAAUCAUUCAAUUAAUCCUAACUGUUAUGCUAAAGUUAUGAUGGUUAAUGGUGAUCAUAGAAUAGGCAUAUUCGCUAAGAGAGCUAUUCAGCCAGGGGAAGAACUGUUUUUUGAUUACAGAUAUGGCCCAACUGAACAACUCAAAUUUGUUGGUAUUGAACGUGAAAUGGAAUUUCUUUAAAGUUAUACAAUUUUAAUAACAACUUAUAUAUAUAUAUAUAUACAUAUAUAUAAACAUCGAUAAAUUUCUUUU